CAUAAGUAGUUACAAUUUGAUGAAUUUUUUUCCAAAUCUAAAGAUUAUUGAGGUUUCGCCUUUUGCCUGUCUUAGUCUUCGAUCUUAUAAUUUGACAAAAAUGAUCAACAAUAGUUCAAAAAUAAAAGGAUUGAUUGGACUUUAUGAGCCGUUUGGGAAAAGAUUUAACUUGGAAAAUAUCGAAUUGGUUUCGUCGGAUUUCCAGUUCCAAUUUAAAAGAAUCUUUCGACCUGAUCAGUUGAAACAGAUUCGCUUUAGACGAAUACGCUUGUCAAGACUUUCUCAAAUUAUCGAAUACUUUCCGAAUUUGAAGCGAAUCAGCUUGACACUUCGUAAUGACACACAAACAAAUUACGAUGGUGCAAAUUUGGUUGGUUUGAAGAUACUCGAACUAAAGUUUCCUGACUCGUUUGGGUUUCAUCUUAUUGAUUCUUGUCCAUUUCUAGAAAGUUUAUUCUUCUAUUAUAAUGGAAGUGAUCUUUAUGUAGACGAAUCGAUGAAGAAUUUCAAUCUAAGAGAUUUGGUUAUCGAUCAUGCUCUUUUUUUUACCUGGCCAUUAAUGCGAAGAGUUUUGUCCAAAUUCCCGAAUUUACAUCAUCUUUCAAUUAGAAACAGUAAACAGAUUGACGAUAGUCAUGUGAAAGAAUUGGUGAAAAUUUUACCAGAAAUAAAAUUGUUGGACUUGAGAAGAUCAAAAGGAGUAACUUCACAAUCAGCUGAUUAUUUGAACGAAUUCUGUCUCAAAUCUCGUCGAUCCAUUGAAAUCUAUUAUGAUUGUGAAGAGGAACCAACUGAAUGGCCUAAAUUAGGAAUACCCAGAGAACCAAUUGCUUACGGAUUCGAUUUCAUGAAGCAUUGUUUUUAUAAGAAUUUUUCCUCCCUUCCGUAUCUGAUUGAUGAAUGAAAAUCUCACAAUCCUUGAAAUCUUGCGAGAACUUUUCAGCCGAUGAGACCAAGUGAAACAAGAAAAAUGGAUAAAUUUUCGUUAAUAAUUAGUAUUCAUACUAUAUCGACUCAAGCUGAUAACUCAGUCACUUCAACAAUCGACUGACUUUAAUCAAUCAAAAUGUCAACCAAAUCAUGAUGUUGAUUAUUUACUACAAUGUAAUAUUCCCACUUGAGUUGUAUUUUUUACUUUUUUACAUACAUUAUACAUAUUUACAUGUAUGUCUACUUGGCAAUUAAAAUCAUCUC